CGCGAGAAUAUAGAUUUUUCCACUUCCUCAUAAGAAAUCGUUCAGCGAGGUAUGAAUUUCAAGCUUACUAAAAGUUACAUAUUAUAUUACAUUUCCAUGGUCUUCUUUUGACUAUGGCGCUUGUACCAUAUGAUGGGAAUUAUUUGCCCGUGCUCUCAAAACUACAUAAUUCGUCUGCAGAGUUCCAUUUUGCUGACCACAAUGUCAGACUAACCCAGGACUGGAAUAAACUCGGAGUAGCCGCUGUCGUCUGGGAUGCAGCGGUAGUGAUGUGUAUGUACCUGGAGCUGGGGCAGGUCGAGCUGACAGGGAAGGUUGCCAUCGAGCUGGGGGCAGGCACGGGACUGGUGGGCAUCGUGGCAGCUCUUCUAGGUGCCAAAAAAGUGACCAUCACAGACCGUGAGCCUGCCUUGGGCUUCCUUGCAGCCAAUGUGAAAGAGAACAUUCCCCCGGAUCAGCUAGGAGCAGUGGAGGUCUCAGAACUGACCUGGGGCCAGGGAUUGGAGCGCUAUCCCAAAGGAGGCUUUGACAUAGUGCUGGGAGCAGACAUUGUUUACCUGGAAGACACAUUUCCAUCAUUACUGCAAACGAUGGAGCACCUCAGCUCAGAGAUUAGUGUAGUGCUACUGGCCUGCAAGAUCCGCUACGAGCGAGACACUAACUUCCUGAGCAUGCUGAAGCAGCGCUUCACAGUACACGAGGUGCACUAUGACAAGGAAAGAGACAUUCACAUCUACAAGGCUGUGAAGCUUCCAGCAAGGAGAGAUCUGUAGGAACCAGUGACUGAUGGGGGAUGUGAAUCACAGUGGAUGGAUCAAUGUGCUGUCAAUCAUUGAUGGUUCAGGGAGCUUACUACUCAUGAAUGGGCAGUCAGUGAGAUUGUUCAUGGAGGAUGGUUUUGUUUCAUGCAGGGUUGUGUCCAGUAGGGAGAAAAUAUGGAGCUACAACCCAGCUACUGUGGGUGAUUGUAAUCGUCUUAAUUUCAUUCAUCCCUUUUUGAUAAAAAUUGAUUUGAAAACAAAUUAAGACAUCUGAAAAAUAAUACCAGAAACACAUUUAUUAACAGCUGCCAAAAACAAAUAGUAGAAUCUGUAAUAUAAUUGUUUUGCUUUUUUCAUACAAGUGAAUGCUGACAUUAAGAAAUACAACGUUUACAAAAUAUGAACAGAAAUGGCAAGUGUUUUAAAAAUAAGAUGCAUAUGUUAUUUAUGACAGAUGGCUACGUAAAAACAAAAUAAUACAAUAUGGCAUUCCGUUAUCCAAUCAAACAGAAGACCGGGUUCAGUAAGCAAACGUUAUGGAACAUUGCCGAUAGAAAUAUAGUUGACAUGAAUCCUUAUUUUACAUGUCAGAAAGGCAUGUCUGUUCUAGCUGAACAUUUUGAUCUGUUCCACAUUGUUGUGAGCUGCUGAACGCACCCCUGGUGUAAUCCCACGUUUGUUGAUGAGUUGUCAGUCUAAAUGUCAGCGAUGGAUCCCAAAAUCGAGGUCUACGUCAUCACUGCAGAUCCAAGCAAACUAUCCCUUUUAACUAACUACAUGAUAGAAAAUGCUUCUUCCCUUGUUCUAUCAGAAGUGUUUGAGGCACAACAGAUGAAAAAGUGAGAUUGUGGGGCUAAUCCUAACUUUCACUCUACAAUCCCAUUGAUGUCAAUGCAUGAUUAAGUUAAGUGGAAGUUAGGAUAUCCUCCAAUAUGAUUAUGCCUGUUCAGGCCAUGGAGAAACAAACAAGGAGACUCAAACACACACACUGCCUCAGACAUCGUAUACAUUACAUGAAUGCCUAAAAGCACACUAUACAACACCCAUAGUCUACCCUUCAGUCAUAUUUCACAACUCCUCCUGUCAGCUGUGUGGUAGCUCAGUUUACACUAGCACAACUCUUUAAAAAGGUACUCGGCGAAAUGACUUUCCCCCCGAGCAGCACCGGAGAUAUUGAGAUGAGCGAGAUGCAACACGUUGCCAUCACCCAGUAUCACUUAACGUUGUAGUGGUAGCCACGGCACCAAAACAGCGGAGAAGUUGAGCCUCUCGCUUCAACACUCUUAGUUGUGGUAACUGACCCACUAUGCUGUUUACAUUCUGCAUCUACGUCAUAUCGCUGAGAUUACCUUUUAAUGCCUGUUAGUUGUUGCAGACAAUCCACCCACAAUCCAUCUCCUACCCCAAAACACCCGACUUAGCAAUGCUGAAUAACAAAAGUUGGCAAGCAGAAAAAUUCAAUACAUGAUAACCCAACUCAAGCUCAAAGAUAAUACAUUUCAUCUGACAGUGGUUGGGAUCUACAGUCCACAUAAAGUGUUAGUAAGUAACAGAAGAGUUAAAGCAAUCAUCAGCCUAAAAACUGAAUAGUGUAGCACUCAAAAAGAUGACCAUUUUUCCAAAAUCAUUUUCAACGUGUGUUGCUAGGUGACGGCCCCAACUCAAGUUGUAUAGGGUAGUUCAUGGUGGGCAGAGGGGUCCUAGUCCUCCACGGCUGGUGUUUUCCUGCCAUCUGACAUCUUGAGACUGGGGACUACUGGUUAGUUAGCAGCAGUGGUGUCGUGGAUAGACACAAUACCUACCACUGUAAGAUUCCACUAGGGGCUCCAUUCUAUUGGUGGAGAAACAGUGUGCUCCACCUCAUCCUUUUAGGGGUACUCAUGAUGGAAAGUACUCAUCAUCCUUUUUAGGGGUACUCAUGAGGCCAUCCUUUUUAGGGGUACUCAUGUCAUCCUUUUUAGGGGUACUCAUGAGGUCAUCCUUUUUAGGUGUACUCAUGUCAUCCUUUUAAAGGGAUACUUGUGGAAAAGUGGAGAAAUUGUGUUCUUGUUAUUUUUCCUCUUUCUGUAGGUCUUCUAGACUGGUAGAGCUUUUUAAAAAGAAAAUGAUAAAUGGGGGAGGGUGGUGCCAGAUGCAUGGCUCUGUGGUGAGUCUCUGUACAUGGGGGAGGGUGGUGCCAGAUGCAUGGCUCUGUGGUGAGUCUCUUUACAUGGGGGAGGGGGGACACUACUCUGAUUUGUGGCAGUACAAGUCUUUAAGUGACUUCAGUUCCUCGAUGAGGGUUUUGUUUUGGUUCUCCAGAACGGCCACACGGUUCUCCAGACACUUGACGUACUCCUUCUUCUUCCGGCGACACUCCCGGGCCGCCUCCCUGACACACACACACACACACACACACACACACACACACACA